UGCCUCAGCAGCGGCGGCUGGAACUCCCUCCCUCCUUCCAUCCUCCCGCUUCCCUGAAUCGGCCCCAUCAACACCCUGGGCCCCCCUCUUCUGCCGUCAUUACACUCCCCUUCUCCCUUUUUGGCACUUUCCUCUCGAACCAUCCUUCCGGACAAACUUUGAUGGAGAAUUUCACACUAAGCUGGAAAAAUGCCGGUUAUGAAAGGAUUACUGGCGCCCCAGAACACCUUCCUCGACACAAUCGCCACCCGUUUUGAUGGAACACACAGUAACUUCAUCCUCGCCAAUGCCCAGGUGGCUAAGGGUUUUCCCAUAGUCUACUGUUCGGAUGGCUUCUGUGAGCUUGCUGGAUUUGCCCGAACUGAGGUCAUGCAGAAGAGCUGCAGUUGCAAGUUCUUAUUUGGAGUUGAAACCAAUGAGCCACUGAUGCUUCAAAUAGAAAAGUCACUGGAGGAAAAAACAGAAUUCAAAGGAGAAAUUAUGUUCUACAAGAAGAAUGGGUCUCCAUUUUGGUGUCUGUUGGAUAUAGUUCCUAUAAAGAAUGAGAAAGGAGAUGUGGUACUUUUUCUGGCUUCAUUCAAAGAUAUAACAGAUACAAAAGUGAAGAUUACUCCAGAAGAUAAAAAAGAAGACAAAGCCAAAGGAAGAUCAAGAGCAGGGACUCACUUUGACUCAGCCCGGAGACGGAGCCGAGCGGUCCUUUAUCACAUCUCAGGGCACCUGCAAAGAAGAGAAAAGAACAAAUUGAAAAUAAAUAAUAAUGUUUUCGUAGACAAACCAGCAUUCCCGGAGUAUAAAGUCUCUGAUGCAAAAAAGUCCAAAUUCAUACUUUUGCAUUUUAGCACUUUUAAAGCUGGCUGGGACUGGCUUAUUUUGUUGGCAACGUUUUAUGUUGCCGUGACUGUACCUUACAACGUUUGCUUUAUUGGCAACGAUGACUUGUCCACGACUCGGAGCACAACAGUCAGUGACAUUGCAGUGGAGAUUCUUUUUAUUAUAGAUAUUAUUUUAAAUUUCCGAACAACUUAUGUCAGCAAGUCUGGUCAAGUUAUCUUCGAAGCAAGAUCAAUUUGCAUUCACUAUGUCACAACUUGGUUCAUCAUUGAUUUAAUUGCUGCCCUGCCCUUUGAUCUCCUAUAUGCUUUCAACGUCACUGUGGUGUCUCUUGUGCAUCUCCUGAAGACCGUGCGGCUGCUGCGUCUUUUGCGUCUCCUGCAGAAGUUAGACCGUUAUUCCCAACACAGCACAGUCGUCCUGACUCUGCUCAUGUCCAUGUUUGCACUCCUUGCACACUGGAUGGCAUGUAUCUGGUAUGUCAUUGGAAAAAUGGAGAGGGAAGACAACAGCCUUCUGAAGUGGGAAGUUGGUUGGCUCCAUGAGUUGGGAAAGCGACUGGAAUCACCAUACUACGGCAACAAUACUUUGGGGGGCCCAUCAAUCCGAAGUGCCUAUAUCGCCGCUCUGUACUUCACCCUUAGCAGCCUCACCAGUGUUGGGUUUGGGAACGUCUCUGCUAAUACAGAUGCAGAAAAGAUCUUCUCCAUCUGCACCAUGCUGAUUGGUGCCUUGAUGCAUGCCCUGGUGUUUGGAAACGUGACGGCAAUCAUACAGAGGAUGUACUCGCGAUGGUCCCUCUAUCACACGAGAACCACAGAACUGAAGGACUUCAUCCGUGUCCACCAUCUACCCCAGCAGCUCAAGCAGAGGAUGCUUGAAUAUUUCCAAACUACCUGGUCAGUCAACAAUGGAAUAGAUUCAAAUGAGCUUUUGAAAGACUUUCCAGAUGAACUGCGUUCUGACAUCACCAUGCACUUGAACAAGGAGAUCCUACAACUGUCCCUCUUUGAGUGUGCCAGCCGGGGCUGCCUUAGGUCUCUGUCUCUACACAUCAAAACCUCUUUCUGUGCUCCGGGGGAGUAUCUGCUGCGUCAAGGAGAUGCUUUGCAAGCCAUUUACUUUGUAUGUUCUGGCUCCAUGGAAGUUCUUAAAGACAGCAUGGUGCUGGCUAUUCUUGGAAAAGGAGAUUUAAUUGGAGCUAACCUAUCAAUUAAGGACCAAGUGAUCAAGACCAAUGCAGAUGUGAAGGCUUUAACCUACUGUGAUCUCCAGUGCAUCAUCCUUAAAGGACUCUUUGAAGUGCUAGACCUUUACCCAGAAUAUGCUCACAAAUUCAUGGAAGACAUUCAGCACGACCUCACAUACAACCUGCGAGAAGGUCAUGAGAGUGAUGUGAUAUCAAGAUUAUCGAACAAAUCUACGGUCUCGCAGUCAGAGCCCAAGGGAAAUGGCAGCAUCAAGAAGAGACUCCCAUCCAUUGUGGAAGAUGAGGAAGAGGAGGAGGAGGGGGAAGAAGAGGAAACUGCCUCCCUCUCCCCCAUCUACACAAGGGGACCUUUCUCAUCACGUAACAAGAAGGCUGGAAGCAAUAAAAGUUAUCUGGGUUUAAGCCUGAAGCAGCUGGCCUCAGGAACGGUGCCAUUUCACUCACCUAUCAGAGUCUCCAGUUCAUAUUCCCCAAAAUCCAAACAGGAAACUGACCCCCCUAAUCAUACUAAAAGGAAAGAGAAGAACUUGAAAUUGCAACUUUCAGCCUUGAAUAGUGCUGGACCCCCAGACCUCAGUCCCAGAAUUGUUGAUGGAAUUGAAGAUGGAAACAGCAGUGAAGAAAGCCAGACUUUCGACUUUGGCUCUGAACGAAUCAAGCCAGAGACCAGAAUUUCUCCUCCUCUGGGAGACCCAGAGAUUGGAGCUGCUGUUCUCUUCAUCAAAGCAGAGGAGACCAAACAGCAGAUUAACAAACUCAACAGUGAGGUAACAAUGUUGACUCAGGAGGUCUCUCAGUUAGGUAAAGACAUGAGGAAUGUGAUACAACUUCUGGAAAAUGUGCUGUCGCCCCAGCAGCCAUCACAGUUUUGCUCUCUGCACCCAGUCUCCGUGUGUCCCUCCAGGGAGAGCUUACAGACCAGGAUGACCUGGAGUACGCACCAACCUUGCCUGCAUUUGCAAGCAGGUGGAGCUGCUCGUACCCAAGCACAACUUUGUCAUGGUAACAUCACCUCAGACAUUUGGAGUGUGGAUCCCUCCUCUGUGGGAAGCAGCCCUCAGAGAACUGUAGCUCAUGAGAAAAAUCCUACAGACAGUGAACUUUAUCAUUCUCCAAACCUGGAUUAUUCACCUUCCCACUACCAGGUUGUCCAAGAAGGUCAUUUGCAACUUUUAAGGUGCAUCUCUCCACAUUCUGACACCACACUGACGCCUCUGCAGUCCAUCUCGGCGACACUCUCAUCUUCUGUGUGCUCCUCCUCAGAAACAUCUUUGCAUCUGGUUCUCCCAAGCAGAUCAGAGGAGGGCAGCUUCAGCCAAGCAGCAGUUAGUUCCUUCAGUCUGGAAAACCUGCCAGGAUCUUGGGACCGAGAAAGAAUGGCCUCAAUCACUACCAAACCCUUGGAAAAUUUUCCACUAGAAGUUGUCACAAGCACAGCAGACGCAAAAGAUAAAGCCAUAAACGUAUGAUAUUAGUGCAUGUGACACAGCUGCCAAUUUCAAACCCACCACUGCAUGACAGCUUUCGUUUGCCUUUUUUGCCUCUGGCACGUAUGAGGACUGGGCACCAAUGGUAAUUCUGGAGAAGAGAGUGUGAGGAGCCAGGGAAAGGCAAAACCACCUCCAUACUGUAGCAAACAAUUUCUAGAUCCUAGGAAGCAUAAUAGAAACAUUUUUUUCUAUACAGGUAUUAACUUACUGGUCUGUUUGACAGACUUUGGUAAACUUCCAAAGACCCUGAGGGUCUAAGCAGCUAGAAGUCCCAGACAAAGAAUUUGUGGAUUAGUUAUGUCCUAGGUGGCUUUUGUGAAGUGCAGCAAAGGUUUUUCCCGAGUGCCUGUCUGUCAUCCCUGAACAAUAGCCAUAGCACUGUUGGCCUCGGGAGUGCACAUCUCCUGCUGAUCUGUUUUUCUUUUUGUGAAGGCAAAGGGACAAUUAUCACUGCAUGUCAUCUCCUAGACAAUCAGUCCAAUAGAGCUGGUGGCCAGUGGUUAGCUAUUGCACGUCAUUUGCCAUGUAAAUGAAAAGUCUUUAUUUAUCAGAAAAAAAAAAAAAGGCUAUUUUUAUAUCCUUGGUAUGAAAUAUGUAUUUAAACUAUUUAAAAUAUUUAUAAAGAAAUGAAUGUUCUCUUUUCAUUUUGGUAAAAAAAAAAAAAAGCUUGCUGUUUUAACAAGAAAUGCACUACUGUUAUGUAUAGUAGAUAAAAAAAAUAUUAUUAAGGGGAUGUAGUUUCAAAAGGUAUCUCCCUUUUAUCUGCAUGCAGUUUGCAAAAAUGUAUCCUCACCCUUCUGAAUUACAAAGAGAAAGUGAGGUCAUAUUUUAUUACUGAAAUAAAAACAUGGACUGAGUGUCACCUACAUGAGUUUUGGAAUGAUAGUAGGAGGACUCCAUCAAGUCCCUGCUGACUCUGUCAAUGACCUGAUGAAGGAAGGCUGUCCCCACUGUUCCAGCAUAUAUGUUUCUCUUCCAGGCAUCAUAUUGUGUUGUCAAGGAACCCAAAAUUGACCUGUGAAAUUUGAAGUCACAAUUACUUUGAGCCAUUUUUGGCUAAAAUGAGGUAGAGAAAUCUUAGGUGUAUCCUUUACUAUGCUAUUCUUUUAGAAGAAUUCUGAAAUGGAGCAAAGAAUUCUAAGCUAUGACUCAUGAGAAUGAUGCCAGCUUGCACUUGGUCAGCACUUUA